AUGCACCUGAACCAGGAUGCCCCUCCCCAGGAAGAUAAACGGGAUUGCGGGAAGCGGGAGAGUCGGGAGGAGCGGCAAAGGGCUCCUCUUCCCCAUUGGCUGCGCCCGCGGAGCAGCCUCUGUUGCAAUUGGCCGUACGCGGGGGCCGGUAGUCCCGCGUCCGCCCGCCCCUCCGGCCGCGAGAGGCGCCGGGAUCGUGGGCGCGGGCUGAGCCAGCGGCUGCUCGGACGCUGUGUCCGCAAGCCGGCAGGGGGAGGCGGCCCGGCCCUGCGCGUCAGGCCUGAGAACUGGGAAGAAGCUGGAGAAAAGAUGCCCUCUGAAUCUUUGUGUUUGGCUGCCCAGGCUCGACUUGACUCCAAAUGGUUGAAUACAGAUAUACAGAUGAUAGUGUCGAACAAAGUGGAACAAAGAAAGAAGAUCUGGAUGUCUGACAGAGAGAAAAAAGAUGAAGAAGAAACUCCUGCACCUGUAUAUAGCGCCAAGUCAAUUCUGGACAGCUGGGUAUGGGGCAAGCAACCAGUGUUUCCAAGGAGACCUCUGGACACUUGCUUCUCAACAUUGCAGCAUGUAGGCCCUCAGCAGGAGUUCAGAAGUGUACAUUUCAUGUUCCCAGCCUGUGAGCAAAGGUGUGGAGGGGCUCACCAGAGUGGGAUCUCGAGCGGCCCUGUCUUUCGCCUUCGCCUUCCUGUGCAGGGCCUGGCAAUCAGUGAGCUGUUGCAGAAGUCCCUGGACGCCCGAGGAGCACUUCCCGAGGCCUCGCUCUUCGACGAGAGCACCGUAUCCUCUGUGUGGCUGGAGGUGGUGGAGAGAGCGACCAGGUUCCUCAGGUCCCUGGUGACAGGCCUCCCAAUGUUGUCUGCCAUCCUGUUGUUGCCUAAGCUGUGGGACAGCGAGGCACAGGAGACUGACAAUGAGCUUUCCGCUGCCCCGGGCACCAGCGCCCCGCUUUUGCCCUUGCUGCAAAGGUUCCAGAGCAUCAUUUACAGGAAGGAUACGCCCCACUCCGAGGGCGACAUGCACCUUUUGUCUGGCCCUCUGAGCCCCAAUGAGAGUUUCCUGAGGUACGUCACCCUUCACAAGACAGCGAACUUGCCAUUGAUCUGCAACAAACGGCGGUUGCUGUCAUGGCCCAUUUAGACCGUCUGGCUACGCCUUGUAGACGCCUCCACCAUGUAGCUCUCUGACGUCUCA